UUUGGUCAACAAGUGCGCACUUGAGAAUAAAUUUGGUAAAUAGAGAAAGGUGAAGGUCAUAUGACACCAAACCACAACUCGACCAAUCAAAAUUGUACACCGUGGAGGCUUGGCCAGAAUAUUAGAAAAUGUCAGAAAAGAGUUGUCCUGCGGCAAAUGCCAGUCCUUUCCGUAACUGGCAGAGACCAGACUUGCCAAGUAAAUGCACAUAUUACGAGGCCAAGUCGAUGAAAGAGUCUCCUCAUAUCCAUAAGGAGCUGAAACCCAAACCUAAGAUAAUGCCGAAUGUGUUGUACAAUAUUGGUAACACACCACUGGUGAAAGUCAACAGGAUCACGCAAGAAGAGAACAUUCCAUGUGAUGUUUAUGCCAAGUGUGAGUUUUUCAAUGCGGGGGGUAGCGUGAAGGAUCGGAUUGGUCUGCGGAUGAUUGAGGAUGCAGAGGCUGCUGGGAUGCUAAAACCUGGAGAUGUGCUCAUUGAACCAACGUCAGGCAAUACAGGUAUUGGUAUUGCACUGGGUGCUGCUGUGAAGGGAUACCGAUGUAUCAUUGUGAUGCCCGAAAAAAUGAGCAUGGAAAAGGUGGACGUUCUGCGGGCCCUGGGGGCAGAGAUUGUGAGGACCCCAACCAGUGCUGCGUUUGAUUCCCCUGAGUCUCACAUAGGCGUGGCCAAGCGGCUGAUGGAGGAAAUCCCCAAUGCCCACAUACUGGACCAGUACCGCAAUCCCAGCAAUCCCUUGGCUCACUUUGAUGGGACAGCAGAGGAAAUUCUGCAGGCUUGUGAUGAUAAAGUGGACAUGGUCGUGGUCGGGGCCGGAACAGGAGGAACUCUGACAGGAAUCGCAAGGAAGAUCAAGGCCAGGUGUCCCAACUGUAAGGUGAUUGGAGUGGAUCCUCUAGGGUCUGUAAUCGCAGAGCCAGAAUCUCUUAACAAAACUGACGUCACGUUCUAUGAAGUGGAAGGAGUGGGCUACGAUUUUAUACCUACAGUGUGUGACAGAAAGCUGGUAGAUAAAUGGUAUAAAUCCGAUGACAAGGAGUCCUUCAUCAUGGCUCGCCGCAUGAUUCGACAGGAAGGCCUAUUGUGUGGUGGAAGCUCUGGCUCUGCCAUGGCUAAUGCUCUGAAGGCAAUCAAAGACUUUGGGAUGAAAGCAGGCCAGAAAUGUGUGGUGAUACUACCUGACUCCAUCAGAAACUACAUGACAAAGUUUCUCAGCGAUGAUUGGAUGAGUCAGAGGAAUUUUCUGGAAUCCACUAAUGUAUCAGGAAAAUCUAAUGAGUGUACAAACGGAAAGAACAGGUGGUCCUCCCUACAUGUGAGUGCCUUGCAAUUAAGAGCUCCCUUGACUGUGACUCCAACAGUCACAAUCCAAGAGACACUUGAAAUUCUGAACAAAGAAGGAUUUGAUCAGGUGCCAGUGGUUAACGAUGCGGGGGACAUAUUGGGCAUGGUUACUGUUGGCAAUAUGAUGGCUCAGGUUGUAAGGUCAAAGGUUAAACCCUCUGACCCAGUGUCAAAAGCCAUGUACAAACAAUUUAAGAUGGUGUCCAUGGCAACAAGUCUAGGAGAAAUAUCCAGGAUGUUGGACACUGACCACUUUGUGUUGGUUGUUCAUGGACAAAGACAAUAUGAAGGCAAUAACUUUGUUUCAAAGAAACAGAUGAUUUUCGGCAUUGCUACCAGGAUAGAUCUGUUGAACUUUAUCACUCAACAUCAGUCGCUGGAGGACCAGUAAAGGGAACACAGGAGGACCAGUAACGGGAACAGUGCCCAGAGACUUUGAUUGGACCACAGUUCGUUGUCUAUACAGAACUGCAACAUAUCCCUAUGUUAUAGCAUAAUAAAUGAAAAAUCUCUCUUUGUUCAUUAAAUGGUAUAUAUAGUAGUUUGCAUUGUGUAGAUAUAUAUUUUUGGAAUAAACAAUGUCACUUUAUGUUUGCAUACAACAAUGUGCGUCACAAAUUAGAAACGUUUUGAGACACUCUUGAUCAGCUUUAUUCAAUUCACAGCUAGUGCAUUUUAAAGGUUUUCAUUAGCAUGUCAUUGGCAUAUUUGAAUAAUUGAAGUAUGUCUCAAUUUUGUAUACCAAGCUUAUUUUGCCAGCUUUAAUCUCACUUGUUGUGGCUAAACAUAUAGCAUAUAACUUAUCAUUUCUAGUUACACACUAUAUAAAACUGUAUAAAAUGCACUUUCAUUGUUUUCAUAUUUUCAGGGAAAACUUGACUUCAUUCUAACAAAGUAGAAAUAUUUAAUGGAAUGAUAUGAUAUUUUUAUUCAAAAUUAUUACUCUUAAUCUCUGAGUCCUAGAAUGCAAGGUUCUUUUUAAUUUAUUUGGUAUUGUUUUUUAAGAUUAUUUAUAUAAUCUGUAUGGAAAUUUCCACAAAUUGUUAUUCCUUCAUAUAAUUAGCAAAACAUACAUGUUUUUUCUAAGACAUUUUCAUUAUGUUUACUUUUGUGUUUGUAAUCUUGGUAAUUACAAUUUGUGCAGAAAAUAGAAGUAUUUAACAAUCUGUGUGAUCAAAGGUUUUGCCGAUAUCUGAUGUUUGGUUGGGGUGAUAAGAUAAGCUCUAACUUAUUAAGUUCUUGUUGGUUUCUAUUAAAAUUGUCUAUCUUUAAAUAAAUGAAAAUUAUGAAAUUUUUA